ACAAGUAUUAGAGUGUUUCUGUUUCAUUCUUUCUGCAUUUUUGCAAUGGCACGCCACAGCAUGUUCAUAAUCAUCGCGGUCUUGCUCCUCGUCAGGCUCACAAAUUAUGGCGGAUCAGCAUGGGUAAACAAAAGUUAUGUGCGAAAUGCCUGCAGUGUCACAACAUAUCGUGACCUUUGUAUUCGCUCAUUAGCUUCAUUUUCCACCAUUGCUAAGACAAGUCCUAGCAAAUGGGCACGAGCUGGGGUUUCGGUGACAAUCAGCCAGGUUAAGAGUGCUAAUCAAUACUUGAACAAUCUGAAUAAACAGGGCCGUAUGAAUGGGAGAAACAGAGUGGCCCUUUUAGAUUGCAUCGAAGGGUUUGAAAAUGCACUCGAUGAGCUUCACAAGUCAUUGGCCAUACUAAGGAAGAUAAGUGCGAGAAAUUUUGAUAAACAAAUGGGUGACCUUAAUACAUUUAUGAGCGCUGCACUCACUGAUGAAAACACUUGUUUGGAUGGUUUUGCAGGCCGAAAUGGAUCCCGAGUUACUCUGAUUAAAACCCGAGUUUUGAAUUCCACUUAUUUCACUAGUAACGCCCUGGAUCUUGUUGCUAAACUUUCCACCUCUGGUAUAAAAAACGAUCCAUAGGAGAUACAUAUGGAAGUAACCUACUGUAUAUCUUAAUUUUAUGUAGAUCACAUGCACAGCUAAGCCUUGCAUGAAAUAAUAAAGCCAUAUGUUGGUUAACUUUA